AGACAAGUUCAGCUCUUCCUAGCUUCUCAUGUUUAAACAAGAAUUAGAUGACGAUGAUGAAUUUGAGAAGCAGAAAGACACUCAGUCUCAUGAGCAACCCGUGGACAACCCUCAGCUUUUCAUAUGCACAACUCCCGAGGUUGCCGCCGAAUGUAUCAUAACCGAAAAAUGCAACUCGCAUAAAGUGACUACAGCAUCCGGAAUUAUAAAGAAAGACUGUGAAGACUGCACUGCAGAACAGAAAUCCUGUCAAAGUUCAAAUUCAACACACUUCAAUGAAAAAGGUGUUUGUGUGAACAUCAAAGAAGAGUACACAUGCCACGAUGGCCCACUUGAUAUCCCAGACGACGACAUCUUCGAAGAAUGUUCCAACAGCGACGCUGCCUCAAAUGUUCCACUGCCAUCACUAUGUGGACGGAAAAGAAGGAAGGGGAAACGGAGUAUGAAAAAGUCCAGCAAUCAACAGAGUUCCUCUGUUUUUCGACAGCCGCGAAAGAGAAGACCCGCUAACGACUACUUCACUGCCUCUGUCAACCUCAGCAUGUUGCCUCGUCGUAGUUCAAAUCGUCUUCGACGCAGACAAGCCGAACACUCCAUAGACUACUCACAUUUGCCUCCGAAAUUCAAAGGACCGCUCUCCCCGUCAAUGCACUUCUGUCAUUACGUAUUAGAACAGCUCAUGAGUGCGAAAUAUGAGCCUAUCAACUGGCUGAUUGAUCUUGCCACUGUGAAGAAGAAGCUGGAUUAUAGGCAGUUUGAGGAUUCUGAUGAAUUUGCGGCAGAGAUUAGGAACAUUUGUAUGAAUCCUCUCGACGAUUCACUUGCUGAUGAUUCUCUUGCGUUAUUGCACGCCUUUGAGGAGCUGUGGAUUUAUAUGCCUCUUGAUCCUGACAUACCCCUUAUUCCUGAUGAACACAAAGAUAUGGACGAAUCAGAAUUGAGAGCUUACGCAAUGCUGGCAGCACUGAUUAAUAUCAGGAAAAAAUGCCAGUUUUAUACCAACCAGCUUGGUUUGUGCCUCAGGCGAGCGAGGGAGAUAAAAGAAGUUCAGCGUACAGCACUGGAUCAGAAUAACGUUUCUUUGAAACUGCCGACUUUGUUGAAAGAAAAUAUCAACAUAUUUGCCGGCAAACUACGGCCGUAUGCAUCUGUAUCCGUGGAUGCUAUAGCAUCGGACAACUGUUGGCUGUCUGCAAUCGCACCUGUGGCUCCAGAACUUAUGGAACUUUUGGGAGAAAGUGCUGAAGUGAUUACUACAAAUGCUGGAAACGUGAAUCCCGUUUCAAACUCAGAAGAGGAGAUGAUGUUAAGUGAGGAAAACCAAGCAAUACUUGUCAAUGAUAUAGAAGGACUUCCCGACGAUGCUAAAGCAGUAAUGCUCAGAAUGUUAGCUGGAGAAGAAAAUAUUAGAAUUUGUACUAGCGAGCAAGAUCCGAGCAUUCAUGUCGAGCUCACAGACGCUAAUCCAUCUACUAUUCGCAAGUUGGUGGAAUAUGUCGCAGAAAUCAAGGAGAAACAGGACACCGGUGCCCAUAAGAUCAAACAUGAAACCACAGGUAAACCGUGCGAUCAUUCAGAAGCGAAGUGCUCAGACGUGACCCUCGCGAAUAAAAAAGUAGUAAGAAAUGCUGUCAUACGAAGGCAAAGUCGGAUCAGCAAACGAAAAGCGGUCGAUAUCGAAGCGCGCAAACGAGAGCUGGUUGAAGGUAUCAAAAAACUUGGCGGAACAGGCACGACAAGACCAGUGAGAAAGCAGGCUCCGUACGCAGAGCCUCGUCCGCUGCUCAAAACUACUUAUGUCUAUCGCUCAUCGUCUUCUUCAUUAUCAGAAACAACCACUUCCACGGAUUCGUGGGAUUCGCAGGACUCCUUCAUUGAUGAUGAGAAAUAGGGAAAUAAUUUCUUAUCUAAGCCUACCUCUCCCUUCUUCUGAAAAGUGUCUUCUCUUUAAGUGAUUAAAUGAAUGGAACCAUUAGCCAUCAUAAGUAAUCUUUAUCAUACUCUAAUGGCAUUUUAGCCGC